UACAAUUUAGUUUGUGUUAAAACGUCUACGGUAAAAUAUCGAAACGAGCGAGUAAGGGAUUACGGGUCUAAUUCUUGUGCUGUUCGCAAAGUUUUUAAUUCAAAGCAAAGCUUCUGGCCCUGCUGUUGCAAGAACGGACAUACAUUCGCGAGCAGUCGUUGUUGUAUGGCAAGGACACGAGCGUGCAUUCUUUCGGUUGUCGGUUUUGUUUUCCUUAGCCAGGACGGCUAUACAGCCGACGUCCAGCGGGCACUUGCAAACGGUUAAUGAAAGUUUCGUUUCAACGAUUGUGAGUUUUAACGUAGCUCCGCUGCUGAUUGCAACGCUGAUUUUGUUUUGAUAGAAAAGCUGAUGCUUUAAAGGCAAAAUCAGAAAAAAGCAAAGUGGCAAAACUCCCUUGAUAUGCCGGGUUUUGUUGGCUGAGUUCGUUAUGUAGCGCGAUUCAGUCUGUCGUUGACUUGCGUUCGUGUUGUGUGCGUGGCGCAGCGGAGAACGAGUGCCGGGAGUACGUUGAAACGGGUUUUCUGUGUUCGCUCGGUAGCAUACAAAUAUUCUGCCAGUGAUUGUGUGUUGUGAAUAAAAGAAAAUAAAAUCCAGCCAGAAAUGAAAGAAAAUUGAGAAAAGUGCUAGAAAUCGCAAAAGCCAUCAAUUGUGUGCUGCGUAUUGAGAAUAAAAAGAAAAUAUUAAGUGCAAUGUGGAAGUGAAAAAACAUGUUUACAACAACAACCAUAAAUAACAACAAAAAUAUUCAAAAGUAAAAAAGUAUAUAGUAUAUAAAGUAUAUUUAUGUGUUUAAUGUGAAAAGUAUGCAACAGUAAUAAUGCUAUCAACGGCAACAAUAAUAUAAAUGUUGUUGGUAUUAAGUCAUUAAAGUAUUAUCGCACAAGUAUUAUUGAGUUUACGAGUCGAGUUUGCCAGCCAGAGUAAAGAACGUGCCAAAACAAAGCUGAGCUCUGCGAAUUCCCGUGUAGCUGCGAAAAGUGCAUUUGCGCCCGCGCGGGUCUGUGCUUAUAAGUGUUAGUGUGUGUGUGUUCGUCGUUAAGCACUCGUGUGGAUUAUGGCAAAACCGGCUGCUGUUGUUGCUGAAUAAACGGGUAUCGGGUAGCAAACGAAAAAUAAAAAAGGAAAUAAAAAACAAAUACAACAAUAAAUUAUAGCUAGCUAUAAAACGCGGCAACAAUUAGCUAACUGCGACCCAGACAGCUAUACCGGCGAAUAUUUAGCCGAAGCUGUAGCUGGAAAUAGCUGUAAGGAUUCACACAAGAACAGUAGCAAUAAUAAAAUAGCUUGCCUUGCACAAAUCCAUAUGUAUCGUUGAGCAUGCUAACAACAGCAGAAGUAAAGGCAAAAUCUGAUAGCGUAGUAACGAGUCAACUUGGUCCUGCGAACAUGACCGAGGUACCUACAAACGUUGCGAAAAUAAGAAAAACAAAAGCGUCAAGUUGCAUCAGCAACAGCAGAAGCAGUAGCAACAAUAACAGCGAUACAUUGAAACAAACAUCAGCAAUGGCAACAAAAACAGUAGUGAGGAGUAAGACAAAAGCUCCGCGUUGGCGCUGUGCUGUGCUGCUGAUAAAUGCAGACACAAAUAAAAACAAUAAUUUAAAUUAUAAAAACAACAAUAGUUACAAUCGGCAACAAGCUGUUGCUGCUUCUUCUUCUUUGCCUUCGUCUACUGCUUCUCGAGUUACUGUGCGUUUUAGUCGAACACCAUUCUUAUCAACAUCAUCAUCGUCAUUGCCAUCGUCGUCCUGGCUAUAUUGCUUGGGGCUAUGGAUUGCAAUUUCGUCAUUGGUAUUUGUGCAGUGUGUGCCAUCGCCCUCGUCAGCAUUGACCGCUUCCUUAACGGGCAGCUCGUCCGGCAACUCGGCGUCUUCCAAUGCCAUGCAAUCACCACAAAAGCGAGGCAGCGGCGCAGCGGACCUCACCAAGGAUCAGUGCAAUAAAACGGUGGACAUCUUCGAGGAUGUCAGUUCGCCGGAGGUGAAUAGCCUCAAUGUAGGCCGGCCGUUAACCUGUUGGUACCGUUUCCGUACACUGAAAGGUGCACCGCGGGAUUUUGUAUUGCGGUUGCGUUUUAAAAAAUUUAAAGUUGGCACACUGCUGAACGCUACACACUGCGAGGGCGGCUAUUUACAGAUUGUGGACGGCAAUGCGAAGACUGAUGUAUCCAAUCGCCGUGAGCCCGGAAUGUUUUGUGGCGAGGCCGAGCAGCCACAGACUUUCAUCAGUGAGACCAACUAUGUCAAAGUGCUCUUCCACACGGAUAAUUUUACCGAUCAGACAUAUUUCACAUUUGAUUCGCGUGCAGAACAACAAACGGAAGUGUAUUUACGCUAUGGCCAACAUCCGGAGCUGUAUCCCAAUCGUCGGGGCGAAGUGGUGCAAGGCUCCUACUGUGAGCGCGAAUAUCGCGAUUGCCGCCUACAAACGUGUUAUGUGCAAUCGCCCGCAUAUCCUGGACUAUAUCCCCGCGCACUGAAUUGUCGUUAUAAGUUGCAUACGCGUCAGCCAUAUAUAAAACUGUAUUUGCAGAAUGAGCAAUUCGCGGUGGAUGGACAGCGGUGUGAGAACGUCAUGACUUGUCCCAUACGACCAAUAGGUUCCGGCAAGGAACACUGCCCCUACGAUUGGCUUGCCGUCUAUGAUGGUCGCGAUGAGCAUUCGCCACUUAUUGGCAAAUUUUGCGGGCUGGGAAAAUUUCCGUUUAGCAUUAUUGGCACCUCGCAGUACAUGUACGUGGAGUUUGUCACCUCACCGGCGGGUCCGCUGCUCAAUACUGGUUUCCAUUUCAAUGUUGGCAAUUGGCCCGGUCACGUCGAGACAGCGGGCAUCAAACAUGGCAUAUGCGAUUGGCUGCUCAGCUCCGACUCGCUGAAGGAUAGUAGUGCCAGUGAAGGCAUAUUUUUGAGUAUCGCUCAUUGGUAUCCGCCGAAUACGUCGUGCAGUUAUCACAUUAAAGGACGAAUAGGCGAAAUUGUGCGGUUAUACUUUCCAAGCUUCCGCAUAAAUCGCAUCGAGUCGCCGAUACUCAAGUACGACGGUGACUGCGGUGAAUCGCUGACCAUUUACGAUUCAGAUCAUCCCGAUCCAGCGCGUAUUAUCAAAACCUUUUGCGAUACAUUCUCACGACCCAUGGAGAAAGUGGACUUCGUGAGUACUAGUCCUUCGCUGUACGUGCAAUUCGAUUCGAAAACGGGUUCCUAUAGUGGAUCAUCUCUCUAUUAUUGGGCACAUUAUGACUUCUUCAAUAAUACACGCUUCGGUGAUCCAGUGCCGAAUACGCUCUGCGAUGAAGUUAUGUAUGCCUGGAAACAUCCGGGUGGAAAAAUUCGCUCACCAAUGAAUUCUUUAAUCUUCAAACGCACCGGCGGGUCUGACGUACGCUGCCAAUAUAAGUUCGUGACUGAUCGUCGACUAUAUGCACGCGCAGUAAUCGAAGUUACCUCAGUGUCAUUUAAGGAAUUGCCGUAUAAUAACAAUGCCUGCACGCGUUGCCAUGAAGAACGUGUUGACAAGCUGGUUAUUUGGGAGGAACGAGAGAAAUUCCAGAACAAUCUCGCCUGCUUCUGCGACAACAUACCGCGGGCUGUGCGCGUGAUAUCCUCAGCGGAUCAGAUGAACCUGGAAAUGAUCGUACAGGGUCAACAUGCGAUCACGUCCUAUUUCAAGAAUCCCAAUCCACUAUUCGAGGCGUCUUAUGAGUUUGCGCACGGUCCGCUAUGUGGUCCCAUAACGUUGGGGCCCUCGCCUGAUGGUGAAUUGGUGUUUCCGUAUAAGAAAGCAUUGGCGAUGGCGGCAGGCCCAAUGGCCGCCGUGCCUGAGCAUCAUUAUCGUCGCGAAAAGUGCAUUUGGGAACUGAAAGUAGCGGCACAACGCGACCUAUGGUUGAAUUUGGAAAAGGCGCGCUUCGGUGAUCGUACCUGUGAGAGCGCUAAAAUUGAGGUAUAUCUCGCCGGUCGCCUCGAACCUCGCUUCAUAAUGUGUCCGGAAAACAUUUCGUUGGCGCGUGAUCUGCCUAUACUCUCCGCUGCGGAUCUGGGUGCUCUCGGUCCCGAUCAAGAACCGCUACCGGUCCUGAUUCAAUACACCGGCGACGGGCAGCCGGGUAAAAAUGCCUUCCGUUUAGUUUGGACCGAACUGUUCCAUUUGCCACGCAAUCCCGACGGUAGUUUGGCAUCGUCAUUGCUGCAGGAUGGCGGCUGUGAUUUCCGUUGUCCCGGUGAUACAGAGGUCUGCAUACCGCGCCGCCUUCUAUGUAACGGUGUUGACAAUUGUCCGAAUGUGACGCACAUCUCGACGAUGGCUCAACUAACGCGGCACAUUGAGUGGAAUUUGGAGCAACUCGGUCUGCUGCAUCGCGCACAUGCUUACAAGGAUCUAGUGUUGCAUGACGAGUCACCAGAAAUUUGCCUGCGUCAAGAGCUAAGCGAGUUGCCAUAUGGAAAACUGAUAUUGAUCACAUUAGGUCUGAGUUUAUUGCUGACGCUGUUCGUGGCGAUAUUAUGCCGUAUGUGUCGGGGGCCUGGCCACGCCUAUCACAGCAGAUACUAGAGGUACGAGUGUUGGUUGCAUGGCAAACCGCUAGGCGCACAAGUGUAGCAGUUGUGUGCAGCGAGGCAGGAACAGCGUGAGCAGUAUGAUUCCGUUCAUUGGCGGUAGUGUAGAAAACUUAUGCUGUCGUGCCAAGGAAGCAAACUGUUUUGAAGUUAAAGAACAAAACAUAUAUUUUUAGUGUGGCAAUGUGCUAGAUAACUAUCAUAUAUAUGUACAUGAAAUUUUUAUUUGUUUUUUGUUUUUUUCUUACAUUUAAGUAUUGUACCUUUUUGGAAUACCCACUGAGCGAAAAAUAGUUGCCUGCUAAGUAGUCAUUGCGGGACAUUAAAUUAAUAAAUAUAUUCUAAUUGUAAUAGAUACACAUAGGCGAGUAAACAAAUAAGUCGAGGUUGGACUUUUAUAUUUGCACCCCCAGUUUUGUUGGAAUUGAAGUGUGUAAACCAAAAGCCAGGUUAAAAUGACAUAAGGCCUUUGACUCCUAUAUAUGGUGUGUAUAUAUGGUCCGACAUAUGAUCUGUAGGCAUUUCGUGACUUAUCUUUUACAGUUGUAGGCCUUAGUAUGGAGGGUUUAUUUUUCACCAAAGUUAAAUCUUUUAUUUCUAAAAGUUAGUAUGAUUUUACUAUUUUUACAUUGAAGACUCACAAAAGCUCGAGCAAUUUGAUAAGUUAAACAAAAAUUCGGAAAUUGCAAUUUUAGAGUGCCGAUUUCUGUUUUGUCUGAUGUCUUUAUCGGAAACACCAUGAGGCCACUUUAAUGCAUUCGCAUGAAUAUCUAAACAUUUCUUUUAGUUUAUUUGUCAUUAAAAGUUUUACUAGUUGUUUAUCAGUAGUACUUCGUUCCUCUAUUUAUUGUGUCGAAGUCUACCAUGCCAUAAUAAUUUCUAUCCACAACAUCUAUUUAGCUCGAAGAGUCUAACUUUGAGAAACUAUAACUGUGCUCUUAGGUAAUUCAACCAUACUAAGCGCGCCCUCUCGAGACGAUAAAUACGUAUUAGAAGCUGGAGAGUUUGUCACUACCCACAGUCUAGCACAAAUAGCACAUUUGCCCUAUAAUGAUGGGCGUUGUAAGUAAUCAAUUAAAACCGAGUUAUCCGCAAAAUGCAGUGUUCUCAAUAAGUAUUGGCGUACACAAGUUUAUAUUCUUAAUUUACCGUCUUUGACAUAAUGAACUGCCAAUGACUCACAGUAGUUUGUGAUUUUUAAUAGACCACAAUAAAUAUUUUGAUAUUAUGAAGAAAUUAGAAUUUAAUGAAAUUAAUUGUGUUGAUAAGGGAGGAAAAUACUGAAAAAUUAACUUAGAUUCAUUGUAGAGAUAUAUAAUUAGUAAAAGAUAAUAAUAACUCUUUUUAACACUUUUAGUUAUAGCAUAUAUUCUUCCUUUACAGUAUAAAUUUGUGCUUUCUGUCUUAUUAUUUUCUUUGUUUAAGCCAAUCAAACCGGUGAUACAACGUGUACCAUCAAUUUGCACGUCCGUUGGUUAGACUUUGUCUGAAUAUGAUAUUAAUCAACUCGAAAAACAUUAGAACUCGUAUCAACAAUUUCAUUGAAACCUGUUCUAUUACUUUGUCUACAACAAGAGUCAUACAUUUUGUUUAUUUUGUA